AUGACUACAGCUUCUGACAUCAAGGCUGUCCAUGAUCAACUUCGUAAACGACUUUGCGUUGUUUUUAAACAAGACCCGAAUAAGAUUGAACUGUUUUCAAACAUUGGUCAGGACAUCUUUACAGCCAACUCCGUGCGCCAAAUCCUCGACGCCAUAUUCAGGGUGUGUCGCCAUGCUAGGGAAAUCAUCAGGGGGUGGAAAGUUGAGGCCGAAACUUUUACUGGCACCGUUCCUGAGGAUGGAACCGGGUACAUCAAUUUUACAGUAAAAGAUGAUCUAAAUCAGAUGAGCAUCACGUGGGACCACCAGAAAUUUGCUCCGGUAUUUUUGGAUACAGUCAGCCUAAUGUUACAAGCUUUACGUGAUGAACGAAGACAGCCAACACCGACAGAGUACCUUGCUAUCCAUUUGGCUUAUAACUGCAUUGCUAAUGGUAAACAAUUAACAUCAAAAUCAAGACCUCUAGGAUCAUCAGGACCUCACACCCAGACAUACAUUGCACUUACAGAUCCCGGUGAUGGUCACGUUCUCGGUACGACACGAUUUAACGACUGGAUGACAGGAGCUAUAGUACAUGUUGAAUAUUUAGAAAGGCCUGGCAAUCUUCCUAGACUAAAAAUAGAGACAUACCGUGUCCCAUCUCUGCCGGAAUUUUCACGCGUCCGACUCCAUGUGGGUUCAGCCGCACCAAUUACCUUCUUUGUCGGCAGACACGUGAAAGACUCUGGGGACUUUGAUGACGAUUUCUUGAAAGUCGUUCAUAUGACAUCUGCUACGGCCUCGGCAGCUUUUGGUCAGGGCAGUGCAGAAUGUAAGAUUGCCAUGGAAGGAUUGAAAACUUCAGAAGCUGUUCGAUACAUGAGAGCUUUAAGAUGUCAAGUUCUCAGAAACCGACUGUCCCAAUUUCUGUCGGCAGCUUGUAACCUUAACCAAACUGUCAUAGAUGAUUAUGAAAAGGAAACCCCGGUCGAAUUGACGGGGCGAAUAGACAUUGCUCUCCGGGCCAUAGAAAUUACAUGUAUUGGUGGAUUUGACAAGCUCACCUUUGAAGAAGCCCUGUCCAUCGUCCAUGCUGCUCAUUUAAGAGGGUUGGUCACUUACUUCUCGACUGGGUUCAAAUUUGAUGAUAUCAAGCAUGCUGUUUAUUCAGGAACUGAUGGAAUAGGUAUUGGUGGAGCUCAAGUUUUAAGAUUUAUGGAUAAAGAAACUCGUAUGCAUGGACCUUACAUGGAAGAAAAUAUCCCGCGAAUCCUCAGUGAACGAGACGCUGCUGCCGAUUCCAUCAGAGGUCAAGGGGUACAUCUUUUGGCUAGAAUGGACACAAUGUUUUUUGAGGGCUCUUUAACUCACGAAGAGGAUGCUCAGCGAGAGAAACUAUACACGGCUCUUCAGAAUAUUGACGAACCAGCUAUACAAGAAGUAAUCAAACAGUCAGAACGAAUCGUGAAUCUUCCGGUUGAAAAUUCAUUAUCGAUAAUUGGCUCAGCUGAACGUUUGGUUGCGACAGAAUUGCCGCUAUUACGUUCGACAACCACCGAAGAUGAAAGGUCUGAGUGGUCUUCCUUUGUGGACCGUCUCAGAAGUCAUUUGGAUCGAGGUCUGGAAUCUACCAUCGAGGAAGAGUAUGACGGCGAACCCUGGUUAACUUUCAGAAAGAAAUACCGCGAGAGAUUACAAUCCAAAAAUAUCAUCACCCGUCAGGGAUCAUUUACAUAUAGUUUUAAAACCUUCGGAGGUUAUGGAACAAAUCCUGGAAAACUAUGA